AUGACCGCAGCAAACGGCAAGAAGAAAGACCACGAAGACAUGCUUGCGCGACUGGUGCGUGACCUAAAGUCGAAGAAGACUCUGUGCCGUGUCAAGGACUACGCUGGCGUGUCCCUCGAGCAGCUAAACCAGCACGUGAAGAAGAUCGGUCCGUUGGUCCAUCCAACACUUGGCGACCAGCCUUGCUUCUUCGUCGACGAAGGCCGAUUUGUUCCAUUUCGGAUGGUGGUGUUCGGACGCAGCGUGAUCGGACCAUACAUCUGCAACGCGCUGCUGAAAUGGGCUACGUGGAGUGGCCAUGGUGGAAGAGUGACAAAUGCGCAAGGUGAAUACGUGCUGGAUGACACAACGCUCCGGGUCCCCGAUGUGGCGUAUGUGCCUCGAGAUGAUGCAAGGCAGCUGAACGAAGCUCAAGGAUAG